AUGGCCGACUUUGUAGACCACUCACUCGACAACGAGUCUCGAGUGCCAAAUAUCUACGCCUCGGUCAUUAUAAGUUUAACGGCGGUUACGGUGGUUGUUCUCGCCAGGAUUUACACUCGCGUUUUUGUCAUCAAAACAUUUGGCCUCGAUGAUUGGGCGGCGGCACUAUCCCUCCUAUUCACGCUUGCCUGUGGCAUAGUAGUUGGCAUCAAUGCGACCUACGGAUGUGGAAAACAUAUAUGGACGGUUAGUCCUGGUGAUCUGCAGCAAUUCUUUAUAAAUUUCUAUUUCAGCAUUGUUUUCUACAAUCUAUCGGUCAUGUUCACCAAGGCAUCCUUCCUCCUGCAAUAUUACCGCGUGCUGGCAACGACCAGGUCCAUGAAGCAGAUGUAUCUGGGCUUUCUUGCCGUCAUUCUCGCCACAUCCAUCGCUUUUCUCUUUUUGGCAAUCUUCCCUUGCACGCCGAUUUCUGACUUUUGGUCCUUUUCCACCAAGAAGAACUGCCUACCGAACUUCACCAUGUACUACGCUCAAGCCGGUGCACACAUCGGCACCGAUAUUAUAGUUUUUGCCUUGCCCUUACCGGCUCUUUGGAAAUUGCGCAUUAACGGACCUCAAAAGCUGGUGCUUUUGGGAAUCUUCUCUCUCGGCUUUUUCGCGGUUAUUAUAUCGAUCCUCCGCCUCACCUUCCUCACGGACAGCCCCGAUGUUACGUGGAGUAACGCCAUUUCAUCUUCGUGGUCAGCGGCCGAAAUAUCGAUUGGGCUCAUGUGCGCCUCGCUGCCUUCGUUGCGGCCGCUUGUAGGCAAAUACCUGCCUCGCCUCGCAUCGUCGUUUGGCAAAAGCACCUCGGCGUCCAGAGUCUACGGCGCCAAGGGCAGUCAGUACGGCGGCACGAAGGCGAGCCAAGGCGAGAGCAGGGUCCGAACCUUCUCCACAGCAACGUCUUCGACGCGGCCCCAGAAGACGCGCAGUAUGUACCCGGACCUUGAGGGCGGCGGCAGCGUCGAGAGGCUGCACAGCAAUGAGCAAGGCGCUAAGCCUCCCGGUAGCCCUGGGACCUUCCUCGACGAUAGCAGCGACCGGGGUGACUAUCCCAUGACCGAUUUUGGCACCACUACCAAAAUCACGGCUGGUACUGGACAAGGCCAACCCGCCCCAUAG